UCUUUGAAGGGGGGAGGAGAGGAUUGCUAAACGUGCAGAGAGGUUAUUGGUGAGGAAAAUGAGCCACUGCGAGUUUUCUUUUGGUUUCAAGGAAGCGGGGAUAACAAGCGGGAUCAGGGGCUGAUGCAACCAGGAGAAAUGUGAAAGUCUUGGCUCAGCCCUGCUGUUGUAAUAAACAUAAGUGUCCAUGUGGAGCUGAUUUGGUUUUCAAAUAGUUUUGCAUGAGAAGCGAUAAGCGAGGUUCAACCCGAAGGCAAAGAGCGCCGAGCUCAGAUGACCUUGUAAAGUUAAAAAAAAAAAAAAAAACACGUCUCCGUUGUGCCGAAGACGCCAAAAUAUCCAAAUCAACUGGAGCGUAACAUUUUUGUCAAACUCCGCUGCCGCUCUCUCCGGCUGCAGGAGGAGGAGGAGGCGGAGAGGAGGAGGGGGUUCCCGCGGGAGAGGUGACGCGAGGCUCGGGGGAUUUCCGCGCGGCGCAGCGGCCAAUCAGAGCCGCUGCGGAAACGCGGAGCCGGAGCAAAACUUCGCCUCUCCCAGCGUUUCACGCAUGUCUUCAAGGCGGAUCGGCACCUCUUCAGAGCUCCGACACACGCUCAGGGCCAGGCGACCGGACUGAAGGUCGACGCUGACGGGUUUCCUGGGCGGACAGCAGGAGCGGAACAGCGGCUGGACUCAUCCGGGUUGGAGACGCGACUCCCACGCACGCACCGUGGCCGACAUCAAGGUCUUCACUACCUCCUCGCAUGAGAUGAGAGACAUGGACUUCUUUAAAGCACAGGAGCCAACACCCAGUCUAAGUAUUUCUGCCAAUAGAGAUCUCGACCUAAUUUCAGAAAUGAUCAAUCCCCUUCCCGGCCCGCCGCCUCCUCCUCUGGACCCUUACUGCCAGAGCUUUCAUACCCAGAACAGCUAUCCCCCCCAGUCUUCAUCCAGACCAGUGCUGGUAUCCAGAGGCACCGCACCUAGCCCCGCCCCGCUGCGAGAGAUGGCAUCUGGUCAUCCUUCCCACCUAGGUCGAGGUCGGGGCCCGUCCUGCUCGCUGACCGCCAAAGGCUCCGUUCCUUCACAAGGCCUUCAAAGCAACACUAACAUGCUGGAGCAGCUCAUGGAAAAGCCCGGGUUGGUGGUGGUGGAGGAGCCCAAGGACAGGGGAAUGAGGUUUCGCUACGAGUGUGAAGGGCGCUCGGCUGGCAGCAUCCUGGGGGCGUCCAGCACCGAUAACAACAAGACGCAGCCCACAAUAGAGAUUCAGGGUCCAAUUGACCACAUAAAGAAGGUCACAGUUAGGGUUUCUCUGGUCACCAAAGACAUUCCCCACCGGCCUCACCCCCACUGCCUCGUGGGUAAAGACUGUACAGCCGGCUCAGGGGUCUGUGUGGUCUGCUUUAACCCUCAUACCACCCGGCGUCACAGCUUUGCCAAUCUCGGCAUCCAGUGUGUGAGGAGGAAAGAGCUGGAAGCCUCACUUCAGAAGAGGAGAAGCCAAAAUAUCGACCCUUUUAAGAAUGCUCACACUAAGGGCAUUGAGGACAUGGACAUGAACGCAGUGCGUUUGUGUUUCGAGUGCACGCUCGAGUGGGAUGACGGCAGGAAGGACUCUCUCUUCCCAGUCGUCUCCAAACCGAUUUAUGACAAGAAGGCCACGACUACGUCGGAGCUGAAGAUCUGCCAAUUGAACCUGAACAGAGGGUCCUGCAGGGGCAAGACGGAGGUCUACAUGCUGUGUGACAAAGUGCAGAAAGAUGACAUAGAGAUCAUCUUCAGGCAAGGUUCGUGGAAGGCAAAUGGGGAGUUUGCUCAGACAGACGUCCACCGGCAGAUAGCCAUCGUGUUCAAAACCCCCCCCUACCAGGACCAAGACAUCACGGAGGAGGUCGAGGUCGGAGUCGUCCUGCGCCGCGUCUCGGACCAGAUGGAGAGCGAACCUGUGCCCUUCACGUACCUGCCACACAACCCCGAUCCCUAUGAAGUGAAACGGAAGAGAGCCACAAUAAAAAGGGACAUCAGUGUGACAGAGUCUGCACCAGCUCCAGAGCAGACCUUUAACUUCCCCAUGAUGACACAAGACGUGAUGCCAUCAGAUGAGAGCCAACACCCCAUUGUGGCUCCUGUAGAAACGGUCACGAUGGACCCCGCCGCCGAGGACGAGCAGGCUCUCUUCAAUGAGUUGAUGUGCUAUCUGAGCGAUCCGAACCUCGUACAAUAUCUGAAUACGAACAUCAACACAAACUACCCACCUGACAUUUCCCAAUUUAACGACAUCCAGUUUAAUAUGCUUUUCAACGAGAAUCAGAUCGCACAAUCAGAACAGCAGGAGACCAUCAUGCAAGUGAAAACAGAGGAAGAGCUAUGAGGUCGGCUCAGCACCCUUUUCUCCUCUGGCGUUGUUUUUGGAUCUCAGACUGGUACUGGUUUCCACGUGUAUGGAUCAGAUGAGGGCAGUUUUUUUUCCCCAUACCACAAAGAAGCAAGAUGCAUUAUUUGCUCCAGCUGCCUGCGCUGUGUAACUGGUUUUAGUUUCAUCAUGUCGGCUCUGUUUAUAUUUUAGUUACCACACAUCUUUUAAUUUUAUGUUAAAGCCUUGCUGGUCAAGGCUAAUCCAACUCAGAACACGUUAACAUACCUAAAUCCAUCCUGUAAGUGCUGCAAGCAUUACAUUUCAAGACUUUUAAGUCAGACUAAAGGACUUCAGAGCUUCUUGUUUUAACCUGCAAACAGUUUCAGUAAUUGCUCCGUAGUAAAUCAUGUAUUAACAGCCAGAAUGUUUGGUUUGCCUCUUUGUGGCUUUCGGAAAAAAACUUCCUGCUAAAUCUUGAUCACAGAAUUUCACAUGUCAAAGUCUUAAACUUGUCUUUUACUGCUCUCUUUAGACGUGUCUGUCGCACUGUGUUUUUAAUAAUCCACCUAAACAUAAUAGAAACCACUCCUCCGUCUAUUUUUAGCCCUGUUUGUGUCAGUUCCCAUUGUGCCAUAGUUUCGCUCCCGUGAGCUGAAUUUACCUCUUGUCUCAUGUCCUACUCCGCCCCCUUGCUCUCGUGUAAAUAUGUGAAAUAAAUAUAUAAAUGUAAGUGUGA